AUGUCGGACAACUACGGCUCCGGCGGAGGUGAAUGCCCCAAGAUAGCAGCGAAGCAGGAGGCUCCCAUCCCUCCGACAGCGGGCAGCACGCAAACGGGACUUACCCCAGGUGCCUGUAAAAUACACCACACUGCCCCCCGACCACAGAGAGCACUGAGCCGGCGCAGCAGAAGGAACCCGCUCCCACCCACAGACCAACGGACAAGUGAGGAACAUAUAAAGGAGCACAGAAGCGGAGAGCCGCGCACCCGUCGGUCCCCAACCACCACCCAUAUCGUACCAAGCAGCAGCAGGGGCUCACACAGGACAUACACCCUGAAGAGAUAA